UAAACUCCCCCCUUUUUUGGUAAAAAUCCUACUUCAUGAAGACCACAUCAAAUUACAUAGGCUAUAUCUAGGUGAACAUUGCUCUUGUACGAGCGAAGUAUCAACACUAAUUAUGUCAAAUCGAAGAAAACAACAAGUCGAAACAAGAUCCGUUCUAAAGGUUUUGAUCUUGGGGGAUGGCGGUGUUGGGAAGACUUGUAUCAUGGGACGCUUCAUCAAUGACCAAUUUGAAGAUAACUCCUUCCAUACUAUUGGAGUAGAAUUUCUUAACAAAGAUUUUGUUCUGACUGGCAAAAAUUACACUUUACAGAUCUGGGACACUGCAGGACAAGAAAGGUUCAAGUCACUUAGAACACCAUUCUACAGGGGCACAGACAUAUGCCUCCUUGUAUUUGCCCUUGAUGAUAAAUCAAGUUUUAACAACCUUUCAUUAUGGCGGCAAGAGUUCCUUCACUAUGCAGAUAUUCAAGAUCCACAGAGUUUCCCUUUCAUUGUUGUCGGGAAUAAGGUUGAUCUUGGUCAAUCUUCGCGAACUGUCAAUCCAGAGGAAAUAAAGCAAUGGUGUUGCUACCAUGGCAACCCACCGUACUUCGAGACCAGUGCAAAAACCAACGUUAACAUUGCCGAAGUAUUCAAGGAGUCCGUGCAACAGUGGAUCAAGAGGGAGACUGAUCUAGACGUAAAUUUCAGAGCUGCCGGAAAUACCCUUUACUUAACGCCGGAUUCCCAGAGUAACUCACAGAAACGACGCUAUUGUUGUUGACAAACUAUCCCCUGAUCUGUUUUUUUAUGUGCCUUUGGUCCAGAGAGCUAUCCGUUCCAUAUAGAAUCCAAGUUCUAUAAUUGUACGGUCAUAUAAAAGAUGUUACGCUAA